AGACGAUCUUAUCAGCCGGUAGUUUAUGGCCUAGCUAUGUUCGUGCCAGAGCCAGACUUUAAAUAGCUGUAGCGCAUGUAGUAGCGUUGUUGUAGGCUAGUAGGGAGUAACAGUAAGACUGACUAAAUAGCUUGAUUCUCCGUUUCAGCGACACCACCUCGUAUAGAAAUUUUGAAACUUACUUUGAUGAUUCGCGAUAAAGAAAAAGAACCUAAAAAUAAGAUGCUGAGCUUCGCCUUUGUACCACGUGGUCAUCUACCUGUUUUUUGAAAGUAGAAUUUAUUCACGAGAAAUCACCGCCAUCGAAGCAAAUUGAUUCAUAGCCCCUAGCGACAAAGUCAGAGCAUCAUGGCAGGCCAAGGCGGCGGCUUUAACCUGCAGCAACUGCUGGGGCAGAUGCAGGGCGGCGGAGGAGGCGGUGGUGCGCCCCAACAGGAAGCGGUCUCGAAGCCAGAUACAAGCGAACAGGUGUACGUCAGUAGUCUCGCACUCUUGAAAAUGCUCCGACACGGUCGCGCGGGCAUACCAAUGGAGGUGAGUGGAAAAAUCACUUAUUUUCAAGCAGAGCAGUACGGUUCAUUGAUAGGUUUUCGCGUGCGUAUACGCAACUGGAACUGAUACUUGCAGAAUGAAAAUCUGAAAUCCUUUCUUGCUUAUGCACCAUGCUAAAGAGUUAGAUUUAGAGUAAAAAUAAAAAAUCAUCUAGGUGAUGGGUCUGAUGCUGGGUGAGUUCGUGGACGACUACACAGUGAGAAUAGUAGACGUCUUCUCCAUGCCUCAGAGCGGAAACAGUGUGACGGUAGAAGCAGUCGACCCAGUUUUCCAGACAAAAAUGUUGGACAUGCUAAAGCAGACCGGACGACAAGAAAUGGUAAUAUCUAUGUCAUGCUGAUGGAUCAUUUUCAUUUUUCAGAAAGAAGUUCAAAAAAAAAAGAUUACGGUCUCGUUUUCCAGAUAGAAUCAUGACAGGUUUUUUAUUUAAUCUUUGGUUGAUGACGCUGCCACGACACAAGAAGAAUAAACCGAAACUGCGGCGCAACGACGUUAUGAUGCGAAAUAAAACACUCAACUUCAGGUCGUCGGGUGGUACCAUAGUCACCCAGGUUUCGGGUGCUGGUUUUCUGGAACGGACAUCAACACGCAGCAGAGUUUUGAACAGCUGAAUGCGCGUGCGGUCGGCAUUGUCGUUGAUCCAGUACAGUCCGUGCGAGGGAAGGUAAACGGAAGGAUAAAUCAAUACGUGUUUGUGAUAGCAACACAGAAAAACAAAAACAAGCGCAUGCGCAUGUUGCAUGGGUGUGGAAAGUAAGUAAGUGCUUACUCAGGUAGUUGGUCGUCUUCGUCAAACAAAAUUUGUCCUUACUUCGGACAUGAACCCAAUCACAACUGCAGGUCGUCAUCGAUUGCUUCCGACUCAUAAAUCCGCAACUGCUCAUGCUCGGACAAGAGCCGCGACAAACCACGAGCAACGUUGGUAUAGGCCAAACGGCAACGACCAUUUAUUUUCAGUUUGGAUGAAGAUGUUGAUGAUAAAGUGUAUUUCAUGUGCAUGAAAACUUUUAGUUUGAAAACCAGAAUCACGAAAUCUCUUUCGGGCCGAGUUGCAUAUGAAGCAAACCCUUCGUAUCAGGUCACCUGAACAAGCCCAGCAUAAGUGCGAUUAUCCACGGGCUGAAUAGGCAUUACUAUUCCCUGUGCAUCAACUACCGAAAAAACGACUUGGAGCAGAAAAUGCUGCUGCACAUAGGCAAGAAGGACUGGACCGAAGGGCUCAGAGUCGAGUAUAUUUUUUGCUUGCGCAGCCUUUUGGUUUUGCUUUUGUCCUGGUUUCUCUCCCUUUCAUCAGUCGAUUUAGAUAAGUACUGGUGCCUAUGAUAUCUGCUGGCCAUAUUGUAAUAAAAUUUAUCUCCACCGUUCAUCCGCCAUCCGCACAGGAAAUUCUCGGACCAGCACGACCGAACGGAUAAGAGCCUGGAGGAUACCGCGAAGCUGUCCAAGGCUUACAACGAGACCAUCCGGGACGAACUUACGCUCACCGCCACCGAAAUCGCCGUGAAAAACGUGGGAAAAGUCGACGCGAAGAAGCGACUAGAGCUGGAAUCCGAGUCGUUAAUCGCGACAAAUGUGCUCGAAAUCCUCGGCACCAUGCUCGGCACGCUCGUGUUCUAA